AUGACAGCAGACGCAAAUCGAAGUGAGUCUUUGUUAUGCAUGGAUAAAGCUCGAGAGGCUAUUAAAUCUGGAGAUACGGAUAAAGCACGGCGUAUGCUACUAAAAGCAAAAAAGUUGGAUCCUGGGCAGAACAUCGAAUUUCUAACAAAGAAGAUUGAUGAAAUGACCACAUCCUCUUCCCAAUCAUCUUCUUCACGGGCUUCAGAAGAACGAAGUUAUGCGCAUGACGACCAUUACGACGAACCGAAUCUUAGAAAUCGGAAAGCAAGAAGUCCUGUGAAGAAAAAUGGGAAAACUGAGCCCGAGCCUAAACCGCGUUCUGCGUCAAGGACACCCAAACUUGGCGUAGAUUACACUAGUGAGCAGAAAGAGUUAGUGGAACGAAUUCGCCAUUGUAAGGAUUACUACGAGAUUUUGAAAGUUGACAAGCAAGCGAGUGACGACGAUAUUCGCAAAGAAUAUCGUAAAAUGGCUUUGAAAUUGCAUCCUGAUAAGUGUAGAGCUCCUCAUGCGACAGAAGCAUUCAAAGCUCUUGGCAACGCGUAUGCUGUUCUUUCGGAUGCCGACAAACGGCGACAAUACGACCAGUUUGGAGCUGAAGCUGCGAAUGGCCACACGCCUACCACAAGAAGACGAGGAGGAGGUGGCGGUGUUUUCUUUGAGCAUGACUACGCUCACGGUUUUGAAGCCGACUUCACGCCUGAGGAAAUCUUCAACAUGUUCUUCGGAGGUGGUUUCCCAACGGAACAAGUGCGGCGGCGUGCAAGACAUGCUCAACAGCAGCAAUAUCAUCGUUACGAGCAACAACAAACUCCGUAUGGUCCACUUCUCCAAUUGCUGCCACUUAUCGCUAUUAUGGUCAUUGGAUUGUUGGCGCAAAUCAUGGUUGGAGAGCCCGCCUUUUCACUUCAUCAAACUUCGAAAUACACAGUAAAGCGUAUGACGGCUGAAUUGCGAGUACCAUAUUUUGUACGAUCGGAUUUUGAAUCUUCGUAUCGAGGACGAAUCCGACAAGUCGAACAACAGGUUGAAGAUGAUUAUAUUCAAAAUUUGAGGAUGAAUUGUUACAAAGAACAGAAUCUUAAAGAAACAAAAUUAUAUCGAGCACGCUGGAUGCGAGAUGAGGCGAUGAUGAGAGAUGCUGAACGGACACCUCUUCCUAGUUGUAUAAGACUUAACGAGAUUUAUUCCCAUUAA